AGCAGUAGACUUCGCACUCUUCCUCCUUUGGCUGAUUACGAAAAUACCCCCAGCUUAUAUAAAUUGAUGGAGAAGGUAGGUUUUUUCUUUUCUGCUCUUGUUCUCUCUCCACCUUUGUUCGUCUUCUCGGAGGGAGAAAGCAACAGCAGAAGCAGCGGCUAGCGACAGCUUCAGCUUCAUAAUCAGUGAACAUGGCAGACAAGGCAGUUACCAUUCGAACUAGGAAAUUUAUGACGAACCGUCUCCUCUCGAGGAAGCAGUUUGUCAUUGACGUUUUGCAUCCUGGAAGAGCUAAUGUAUCUAAGGCGGAGCUGAAAGAAAAACUUGGUAGGAUAUAUGAGGUGAAGGACCCAAAUGCUAUCUUUGUAUUCAAAUUCCGCACCCAUUUUGGUGGGGGCAAAUCAACUGGUUUUGGUCUGAUUUACGAUUCUGUUGAGAAUGCCAAGAAGUUUGAGCCCAAAUACAGGCUCAUCAGGAAUGGGCUAGCUACCAAGGUGGAGAAAUCAAGGAAACAGAUGAAGGAAAGGAAGAACAGAGCAAAGAAAAUCCGUGGUAUUAAGAAGACCAAGGCUGGAGAUGCGGCCAAGGCAGGGAAGAAGAAAUGAUGUGCUGCUUUGGAAAGUGGACCUUGUUUGAUCAACUUGGCAGUGGAGCUGGUUUAGAUGGGCAUGGUUUGUUGAUGCAAUUCCUGCAACCAUUGGUUUUUUUUUUUUCCGUAGCCCAUACUGCUCCUUGAACAUUCAAGUUACUGCAGGCAUGGUUUGCAAUGCUCUGGUGGUGUCUGCAUGUCUUCACCCACACCCAUUCCAUUACAUGUGAAUGCACGGUCAUGUAUUGGUGCAUGGUCGUCCUGUGGUUCCUAAUGAUAUCUGGAUAGUUAAUGGGCAAAAUGGUAUAAUUUAUGAGGCCAUGCUGGCCACUACCACGCUGCUAUAUCACCACCAUAGCUUCUCAAGCACCUAACGCUCUACCAAGGAAACCUGUUUUUAGAAGCUAAUGCGACUCUCCUAUCCCGUGACCAAGUCUUCCAAGUUUCAGCAAUAUUUUCUGUAUCACCACUUCAGUGAUACUGAUAACACUGUUUAAAAAAUUUCAGGUGUUGGGGAUGUA